GUAACAACAUCCCCAGCUUACUUGAUAAGAAAUUUUAAUAAUACAAUUUAAUAAUGGAAUCUGAAAUUGAAACUCUGCUGUCGCGAAAUGCAGUUCCAAUUAUAGAUAUGGCAAAUGGCAUUGAGAACGUGGCCAAAUAUCUAAGAAAGGCUCUUUCGAAACAAGGUUAUGCACUGCUAAUUAAUCACGGAAUUUCAAAUGAAAAGAUCAACACAGCUUGGAAGUAUUUCGAUGGCUUUGUUGCACUGCCAGACGAUGUGAAAUUGGCCUACGAAAGAAGCAAGGCUCCAGAUGCAGAAAAUCAUGGUUACGUGAGUCCUGGAAUGGAGCGAUUUGAUGGCAGGACACCGGAACUAAGACAUGCAUACAAUAUAUGCAAACUGGAGGCUAAAUAUCUUCCCGAAAAACAGCUGCCUGGAUUUACCAGGCACAUGAACUCACUGACCGAUGACUUUAAUGAUUUGGGCAGAUAUAUUCUUCGGGCUCUAGAAAUUUCCCUGGAUGCUCCUCCAUCGAUCUUCCUCGACAAACACUCCUACAUGCUGUCCGACGAUCGCUUUAAUCUUACCACCCUGCGAAUGCUCUUCUACCCACCGGUGGAUUAUCAUGAUUCUGGAAAAGUCAUUCGCUGCGGAGCCCAUGCCGACUACUGUACUUUCACCCUGCUGGCACAGGAUUCGGAGGGCGGACUGGAGGUCAAGUUGCGGGGCAGUGACAAAUGGGAGCGGGUGGGUCAUCUGCCAGGAGCACUCUUCAUAAACUGCGGCGAAACCAUGGCUAUUUGGACAGAUCAUCUCUAUCACGCCUUGCAACAUCGAGUUGUUGUUCCCGAUCAGAUUUCAACUCGCCAUCGAGGCAGGCACUCCAUGGCCUAUUUCUGUCAUCCUAAUAGUUCAACCCUGAUAGACCCUAAAGACUUAAAUAUUUCAGUUAAAGAGCCUUCUACAAAAAUAAUACACAACGCAUAUGAUUUAACUAUGGCCUUGGCAAAAGGUGCAUAUGGGCAUUAUUAUUCUUAGGAAAAGUGUAUGGUCCGAUGCAUCAAUUGAUACUUAAUAAAGAAUUAAAGUGGUUCAAAAGUCA